CAUGUUCCAGGACACAAUGUUGUGAGUGGAUAAAAUGUUGUACUGUGGACGUUUGCCCUCCAACGGAAACUUCCACGUGUUUUCCCCUUUUUAAGUGCUUUUUAAACGCUAAACCAUGGUAUUUUUAACAUGAACGUAUAAUAUUGUAAUGUUGGAAAGCACAACUUUCCCAUGUAUCCAAAGGCAACACGAGAUUGCACAAAGCAGUGGGAGUGGCGUUCAAUCUUUUCAGGAAACACGCUAUCGAAUUUCACUCGGAAUUUUCUCCAAAUUCUAUACAUGUAGUCAGCUUCAGCACAAACUCGGUUCAUAUCAGUUGUCCUAUUGGAUACCUCUCACGAAUGUAAAAACACAUGCAGCGGGCUGAUGGAGAAGCUGCACCCUCUCCUACUGCCAUUGCCUCCACUGAGAUGACACCAAGAUAGGUGGAACAGUGAGAGCCAGGGGAAUUCAAUAUUUGGGCUAAUUGAAUGAAUAUCCUCAAUAUUGACCCGAAAAGAAACAAGUUAUUCACAACGGGAAAACAAAUAUCCUGAAAUUUCUAGUUUGUCCUCACAAUGACGAUGCUUGUGUGGUUGGGUCUACUUUGUCUGCAACGCGGCAGUGCUCACAGCCUCUUCACCUGCGAGCCAAUCGAGGUUCAUCGGUGUAUGGGGCUGUCCUACAACAUGACUUUCUUUCCCAACAUCAUGGAGCACUACGAUCAGGAUGUUGCAGCCUAUAAAAUGGAGCCAUUCAUGCCCUUGGCAAGUCUUCAUUGUUCCCCAAAUGUCCACCACUUCCUGUGCCAGGCCUUUUUCCCAGCCUGCACUGAGGAGAACACAGUGCUCCAGCCUUGCCAAGAGGAAUGUGAGGCUGUUAUGUCAGAUUGUCAGGAGAACAUUCGGAUUUUUGGCAUCCUCUGGCCUCCUGAGCUACAGUGUGACAAACUUGACUCAUGUGACCUUCGAGAUGAUUCCAAGCUUCCUGCAACCACCCCAAUGACCUCCACAUCUGCCAAGAGGGACUUGGGCUUUUGGUGCCCACUGCAGUUGAAAGCCAAACCUGGCCAUGGUGCAUCAUUCCUGGGAGCACCGGACUGUGCUCCACCUUGUUCCAAUAUGUAUUUUAAAACCCACGACAUUGAAUUUGCCAAGAGCUUUAUUGGCGUAUGCUCAGUCAUCUGCUUGGGUGCCACGCUCUUUACCUUCCUUACUUUCCUCAUCGAUGUCAAACGCUUUCGCUACCCUGAGCGACCUAUAAUCUUCUAUGCAGUUUGCUACAGUUUUGUUUCACUCAUAUAUUUUAUUGGCUUCCUGCUGGGCAACAGUGCAGCCUGUAGCAAGGCAGUCCAUCCUACUAGUGUGGACACCGUCGUCUUGGGCUCGCAGAGCAAAGGCUGCACUCUGCUUUUUAUGCUUCUCUACUUCUUCUCAAUCGCUGGAAUCAUCUGGUGGGUCAUACUCACCAUCACCUGGUUCCUGGCAGCUGGACCCAAAUGGAGCUGUGAAGCCAUAGAGAAGAAAGCGGUGUGGUUCCACUCUGUUGCAUGGGGAAUCCCUGGAGCGCUAACUGUCAUGCUGCUAGCUCUGGACAAGGUUGAAGGGGACAACAUUAGCGGGGUUUGCUUCGUGGGACUGUACGAUCUGGAGGCCCUGCGCUACUUUGUUAUCGCUCCCCUGUGUGUGGGCGUCAUAGUCGGGCUCUUCCUCAUUCUCGCGGGCAUCAUUUCUCUUAACCACGUGCGGCAGGUUAUCCAGCACGACGAGCGCAACCAGGAGAAACUGAAGAAGUUCAUGAUCCGCAUCGGUGUGUUCAGCUGCCUCUAUCUGGUCCCACUGGUCACCCUCUUAGCAUGCUACACCUAUGAACAGAAUCAACGCAGCACCUGGGACAACACAUGGAUCAACGACCGCUGCCAAGAAUACAGCAUCCCUUGCUCAUACAAGACAACCGAGCAUGAGCGUCCUGACCUCUCUCUGUUCCUGGUAAAGUACUUGAUGACCCUGGUUGUAGGAAUAUCUGCAGUGUUCUGGGUCAGCAGCAAAAAGACAUGCUCUGAGUGGGCCUACUUCUUCAACAGGACCCGCAACAGAGAUCCCAUCAGUGAGAGCCGCAGGGUGCUCCAGGAGUCCUGCGAGUUCUUCCUCAAGCAUAACAGCCGUGUCCAACACAAGAAGAAGCACUACAAGUCAACCUCACACAAACUCAAGGUCAUCUCAAAGUCUAUGGGCACAAGCACUGGCGCGACACCAACCAAUGCCUCCAUUGGCGCCGGAACCUCACCUCUUGGAAAUCAUGAGCUCCACACCCAGGGCUCUGUGAGGGAGCAGCUGGACAAGGGCAAUUCUAGCCGAAGCUCCAGACGUGAAGACAGGGAGAGAGACCGAGAAGGGAGAGAGAGACGCAGUAAAGAGGGUAGUUCCGGUAAAGUUAGCUGCCAGUCGGGGAGUUUACACAGCAGAGUACUGGAUGCAAGGAUGACACCGAAGAGUGAGCAGUCAGAGGUCAGACCAGUUCCAAUCGCACCGCAGCAUUCAGCUUUAAGCCCAUCUCAGAGCGUCGAAGACUCCACCCACCAGCAGGACCCCAAGGUGUCUGAGGAGAGAAAGGACACAACGAACAGCAAGUGCUGAGACACAGGUCGACAAACUACUGACAGCAGGCUCUUGGGUUCACUCGACCCUGAUUGUAUCAUUUAGUUGUGAGUUAUUUCAUGUCCACUGCUACGGUGUAAUAUUUUUGUAUCUGCAUGCAGACAGAAUGUGAGAGAUGUAAUCAUUUAGCCAUUUUUAUCUAUACAGCUCUAUGCCAACUAGUAUAUUACUUGUGGACUGACUUGAAACCUGAAGUCGUCUUCUCUUAUAUGACAAGCGCAAUGGAACUUUUAAUGUGAUUGUCUAUUCCCCCCCCCCCCUUCACUGACUGCAUUACUCACUACACUGGGCAUUUUAAAGUGAGGUCAUGAUGUUUCCAAGCCUUUAACGUGAGCGAUGUGUCACUGUUUUUGUUGUUGUUGUUGUCCGUUCCUUUACAGAGGGUAUUUGUCUCUCUCAUCAACCAAGUAUCAUACAGUUUUACUACUUUAAAAAGACAUGAUAGAAGAAGGCUAGCUCAAUUUGUUUAGUUUGUAGUUUUCUUAAUGUAUUUUUUUCCUGCCGGUUUCUGUUGUGUGGCUCUUAUGCUGUUGGUUGGUCCUGUGAAUGUUAUUUUAAAUGCGUCUUUAAUUUGAGAAGGAUGUCUUUUUAAACGUAAACCCAGAUGUUUUACAUGUGUGGUUCAGUGAUCUCAGCGUUGGCAUCACUGUCAUAAAAUCAGUAUGUGGAGACAAAACUUUGCAUCCAGAAGCUACUUAUUUUAAAAUGGAAUUGAAAAAUUAUCAUUUGCAGAUUUGUUUUUGGGGGUUAUUUCUAAACCAUGACACUUUAAAAGUACUUCUGAUCUAUAUUUUGAUUUAUUUUCAAAUUUGCUGUGCAAGGAGUGUGUG